UCUUGUCAAUUACAACGUGAUUUCGUGCAACACUUUUGCAAUAAAAAAUGAACAAUUCACACUAUUCUCAUUCCUCUCACUCCCCCUCUCAGGCCCUCACCCACUUCCAUUUUCUCUCUCCUCUCUUCUUCUUCUUCUUCAACACCGACAAAUUUCCUCUUCCAUCUUCUCAGAUCUCACCCAAUUCAAAAAAAUUCCUCACAAAUUAUUGCAUGAAUUUCAAAAACUAGCAAAGAAAAUUUAACAACAUCAAAAGAAAAAAAACAAGUCUGAAAUGCUCAGCUGGUGUAUUGGGCAACGCAGAGUUGCCCAGAUCCAAAGAAGUUUCCACAAAAUGAAGGUAACUAUUCUAUGUCUUCUCUUAACUCUUAUUAUGAUCCGCUCAAUGUUGGGCGCCGGCGAAUACGGCACGCCUAAGCAAGACUUUGAUCUACUCCACUCAUCUCUUGCAUCGGCCGGCUCUCACCAUACCCACAAUCGCCGUAUUUUAGAAGAGUUGAAGGACGCCGACGAUAAAAAAUCUAACACUAAUUCUAAUAGUUACGAAUCCUUCGAUAUAUCGAAGAUACUCGUUGACGAUGAACCGGCUGAGAAGGUUGAUCCCAAUAAACCUUACAGUUUAGGUCCCAAGAUCUCUGAUUGGGAUGAGCAGAGGAGAGAAUGGUUAGAGAAAAACAAAGAGUUUCCUAAUUUUGUUCAACCUAAUAAGCCACGAGUGCUUUUGGUAACUGGGUCAUCCCCAAAACCGUGUGAGAAUCCUGUUGGUGAUCAUUACUUAUUGAAAUCGAUUAAGAAUAAGAUUGAUUAUUGUCGAAUUCAUGGGAUUGAGAUCUUCUAUAAUUUGGCACUUUUGGAUGCUGAGAUGGCUGGGUUUUGGGCAAAGUUGCCUUUGAUUAGGAAGCUAUUGUUGUCGCACCCGGAAAUCGAGUUUUUAUGGUGGAUGGAUAGUGAUGCUAUGUUUACUGAUAUGGUAUUUGAGCUUCCAUGGGAGAGGUAUAAGGAUUAUAACAUGGUUAUGCAUGGUUGGAAUGAAAUGAUAUAUGAUGAGAAAAAUUGGAUUGGUUUAAAUACUGGUAGUUUUUUGUUGAGAAAUAAUCAAUGGUCUUUAGAUAUGCUUGAUACUUGGGCACCUAUGGGACCUAAAGGUAAAGUUAGGGAUGAAGCUGGGAAGAUCUUAACAAGGGAGCUUAAAGGUCGACCUGUUUUCGAGGCUGAUGAUCAGUCUGCAAUGGUGUAUAUCUUAGCUACUCAAAGGGAGAAAUGGGGUAACAAAGUUUAUUUAGAGAAUCAUUAUUAUCUUCAUGGUUACUGGGGGAUUUUAGUGGAUAGUUAUGAAGAGAUGAUUGAGAAAUACCGCCCUGGAUUCGGCGAUCACCGGUGGCCAUUGGUGACUCACUUUGUUGGGUGUAAGCCUUGUGGUAAAUUUGGGGAUUACCCAGUUGAAAGGUGCUUGAAACAAAUGGAUAGAGCUUACAAUUUUGGGGAUAAUCAGGUUUUGCAAAUGUAUGGUUUUUCUCACAAGUCUUUGGCUAGUAGGAAGGUGGUUAAGAUAAGGAAUGAAACAAGUAAUCCAUUAGAGGUUAAAGACGAACUUGGCUUGCUUCACCCUACUUUUAAAGCUUUGAAAGUAUGAUCUUCAUCAUUAUUGGUAAGUAUAGAAGCUCGCAAAGUAGAAAUGGAACUUGAUUGUUUUAAUUUUUUUUUUUUUUAAUUUUCUCUUAGCUUCCCCAUUUGUUGUAGUUCCAGUUUAUUGUAAAACCACGGUUCAUUCAAGAAUCAAUUGUUUAUGUUAGUAUGGAUCAACUUAUAUUGAUUCUAAGGAGUAAUUUAAACAAUUAUGUAAAUGGUUAUCGCAAAAUCUACCUGCGUUUUUGUUGUUA